UGAUAUCGCAACUUCUUUUCUCCGACAUUUUCCCUCCUUCAGUUUCCUAUUUCCCAUCUGUGCUGUCAAUUCUGAGACACGCUAUUCAUACAGAAGGUCAAAAUGAUCAGCGCCGUCCUCGUUUUCAAUAAUAAUGGACAGCCACGGCUGAGCAAGUUUUACACCCAGAUUGACACGCAAACGAAACAAUCCCUUAUACAACAGAUCUACGCUCUGGUUGCUCAGCGCCCACCAAGCGCUUGCAACUUCCUACCUUUACCUCCAUUGCUUUCACAGGGUGCUAGUUCCAGCGGCCCAUCCGAUGCCCCGACACAAGUAACCUACCGGACAUAUGCAACUCUUUCCUUCAUCAUGAUCUCAACAUCUACCGAAUCCCCUCUUGCGCUUAUCGAUCUCAUCCAAGUCUUUGUUGAGGCUUUGGAUCGCAUGUUCGAGAAUGUAUGUGAGCUUGAUCUCAUCUUCGGCUACGAGACGAUGCAUGCUGUGCUCAGUGAGAUGAUUGUCGGUGGCGUUGUUGUUGAGACAAAUAUCGAUAAGAUCGUUGCUAGUGUGCGGAGUCAAGAGGGUUCCCUGGGGAAAAAGAAGGCUAUACAGGCGGCAAGUUCUAGUGUAGGGCGCGGUGGGUUCCCUGGCAUAGGUGCUUGGAGGUGAUAGGCCAUGUGUUCUGUUUCUUUUUUGCUACAGUGUACAUAUUCUACUUUUUGGAUGGGAUGUUCUGGCUUGGAGUUCAGGUGAAACGUAAUGCGAUGGUAUGUAUCUGAAACUUGCUAUCAUGACAAACGAGAAUACGACUAGCAUGCGUAAAUCUUCAGAAUCAGUUGUGUGACAAAUUAGAGAGGCUGAAAUCCAUAUGCAGUCCAAUUUUCAAGAACAGUUCGUCUAACGUCCUCCGGGUAGGAACCCUGGAAAGAUCCUUCUUUCCACGGUAGCGAUUCUUCUGUAAAUUCACCGGGCAGC